GCGAUGAGCAUCAUGAACAGCUUUGUGAAUGACAUCUUCGAGCGCAUUGCUGCCGAGGCUUCUCGUCUGGCGCACUACAACAAGCGCUCGACCAUCACCAGUCGGGAAAUCCAAACUGCUGUUCGUCUGCUCCUGCCCGGAGAGUUGGCAAAGCACGCCGUCAGUGAGGGAACCAAGGCUGUCACCAAGUACACCAGCUCCAAGUAAAUUUCCCCGCGGAUGCG